CACGUCAUUCUAGUAAAGUGCAGGAGCCGGCUGAUGGAGUGAUUCCCUCACCGACCGUCGUCUGUCUGUCCUGUACAUCCGUCUGCUUUUAUCUCCAAAUGCUGUAAUUUAUUUUGAAUACAGCAGUUUAUUUUGCCCUUGUCUAAAUCUGAGGACAGCCUGAUAUACAAGCUCUGUGAUGGCGACCUACCAGGAGUUCAUCCAACAGAACGAGGACCGGGAUGGGGUGAGAUUCAGCUGGAAUCUCUGGCCCUCCAGCCGCCUGGAAGCCACCAGGCUAGUGGUCCCAGUCUCCUGCCUCUUCACACCACUCAAGGAGAGGCCUGACCUGCCGCCGGUCCAGUACGAACCAGUCCUGUGCAGCCGGGCCAACUGCAAGGCAGUGCUGAACCCACUAUGUCAAGUUGACUUCAGAGCAAAAAUAUGGGCGUGCAACUUCUGCUUUCAGAGAAACCCAUUCCCUCCCUCUUAUGCAGGCAUAUCAGAAGUGAACCAGCCAGCUGAACUCAUGCCACAGUUUUCGACCAUUGAGUACAUAGUACAGCGUGGACCCACGCCCCCUUUGAUCUUCCUUUAUGUGGUGGACACGUGUUUGGAAGAAGAGGACCUCCAGGCCCUUAAGGAGUCCCUGCAGAUGUCCCUUAGCCUGCUGCCGCCCAACGCCCUGGUGGGCCUCAUCACAUUCGGACGCAUGGUUCAGGUUCACGAGCUCAGCUGUGAGGGGAUCGCCAAGAGCUACGUGUUCAGGGGCACCAAGGACCUCUCCUCCAAACAGAUCCAGGAGAUGCUGGGUUUAACAAAGGCAGCCGCAUCAGGGCAACAGGGUCGCCCACUGGCACCUCAGGAUGCUGCAGCCUCUUGCAGGUUCCUUCAGCCCGUGCACAGAGUCGAUAUGAACUUGACUGACUUGCUGGGUGAGCUUCAGAGAGACCCGUGGCCAGUCCCUCAGGGCAAACGGCCCCUCCGCUCCACUGGUGUUGCACUGUCUGUUGCUGUUGGUCUGCUGGAGGGUACAUUCCCCAACACAGGAGCUCGUGUGAUGCUGUUCAUCGGAGGGCCCCCCACCCAGGGCCCAGGCAUGGUGGUGGGAGACGAGCUGAAAACCCCCAUCCGCUCCUGGCACGACAUCCAGAAAGACAACGCUCGCCAUUUGAAGAAAGCCACCAAGUACUAUGAAGCCAUGGCCAACCGCUCAGCAGUAAAUGGCCACUGUAUCGAUAUCUACGCCUGUGCCCUGGACCAGACGGGACUGCUGGAGAUGAAGUGCUUGUCUAAUCUCACCGGGGGGCACAUUGUGAUGGGAGACUCCUUCAACACCUCCCUGUUCAAGCAGACCUUCCAGAGAGUCUUCAGCAAAGACUACAACGGAGACUUCCGCAUGGCCUUCGGAGGCGUCCUGGAGGUCAAGACAUCACGGGAAGUGAAGGUUUGCGGGACCAUUGGACCGUGUGUUUCACUCAACGCCAAGGGUUCCUGCGUUUCAGAGAAUGAGAUGGGUAUCGGUGGCACGAGCCAGUGGAAAGUGUGCGGUAUCAACCCCUCCACCACUUUGGCCCUUUAUUUUGAAGUGGUGAAUCAGCACAAUGCGCCAGUCCCCCAGGGUGGCCGAGGGGUGAUCCAGUUUGUAACCCAGUACCAGCACUCCAACACACAGAGGAGGAUACGGGUCACUACCAUCGCCAGGAACUGGGCAGACGCACAGUCCCAAAUCCAGCACAUUGAGUCGUCCUUCGACCAGGAAGCGUCCGCCGUGCUCAUGGCUCGCCUGGGAGUCUUCAGAGCCGAGUCGGAGGAGGGGCCGGAUGUCCUGCGAUGGCUUGACAGGCAGCUCAUCCGCCUGUGUCAGAAGUUCGGCCAGUUCAACAAAGAUGAUCCUACAUCCUUCAAACUGUCAGAGUCUCUGUCCCUCUACCCACAGUUUAUGUUCCACCUGCGGCGGUCGCCGUUCCUGCAGGUGUUCAACAACAGCCCCGAUGAGUCGUCCUAUUACAGACACCACUUUGUCAGGCAGGACCUGACCCAGUCCCUGAUCAUGAUCCAGCCCAUCCUCUACUCAUACUCCUUCCAUGGACCACCAGAGCCCGUUCUCCUGGACAGCAGCAGUAUCCUGCCAGAUCGGAUCCUGCUGAUGGACACUUUCUUCCAGCUGGUUAUCUACCAUGGAGAGACCAUAGCCCAGUGGCGGAAGGCAGGCUACCAGGAAAUGGCAGAGUACGAGAACUUCAAACAGCUGCUGCUGGCUCCACUGGAUGACGCUCAGGAGAUCCUACAGACGCGCUUCCCCAUGCCGCGCUACAUCGACACGGAGCACGGAGGCUCACAGGCUCGCUUCCUGCUCUCCAAGGUCAACCCCUCGCAGACCCACAACAACCUCUACGCCUGGGGACAGGAGACGGGGGCCCCGAUCCUGACUGACGACGUCAGCCUGCAGGUCUUCAUGGACCACUUGAAGAAACUGGCAGUUUCCAGCUCUGCGUAGACGACGCCUCUAUUCCACCACAAAGAGAGAAGGAGUGAUCUGACAUUCCCUUUCUGACAUAGGGAUCCAUUAACAUUUCCCCUGUUUUUGUAAAGGAGCCAAACCCAGACAGUCUACUGUUUGUGCUUGCUUGAUUGUGUCUUUUCUGGAGUCAUGUGUGACAUAUCCAUGCUACAAAAUGAACAGAAAAAAAAGGGGGGGGGGGUAGCACAAUUCCUA